AUGGACGACCCAAAUCAACCGAGGAGGCAUAACGAUCCGCACGGUCAGCAUACGGCAAACCCCAGGUUCACCUCACAGCCGAACCGAUCCAUAUCUGCAACCACAGCCGACCGGUAUCGCUCUGCACCCCUCAACGCAUCACCUCAAACACCUCGCAGUAUCGGAAGCGCUGGUAACUACAGCAGCUACUAUCCCGAGCCAACGUCAGCCUUCUCAUCCACGCACCUCAACUCUGCAAGUCUAGCUGGAUAUGGAUCCGAGUACAGCCACGAUGGUCGCCAGCAACAGACACAGCAGAGCUUUGGCGGGUAUCCUGGGGCGGCCAUGAUGUACAACGUGGCACAACCGAACGCGCAAACACCCGUGUACGACACCCAGCAGUUUGGCGCGCGGCAGCCUGCAGGCCUUCAGAUGAUGACGCCCGAUGUCGCGUCAACAUAUUUCGGUGGCGCGGCCACAGGUAACCCGGCCUCGCACUCUGCGAGCUUGCAACAGCCGGGCCAGCAUUCGGGAUCGUCCACUGCCCUCUACCAGCCUGGACAGGCACUCAAGUACGCAAACGACAUGUCCAGCGUCAACGCACCAGCGCAGCAGCCUCAGCAGCCAGCGCAGGAGGUUGCGGAUGCUUCCAUGGGCGAGCAGCCAGAGUUCUCAGAGGGCGCUCUGCAGGAGAAAUGGCACAACUAUCAACGGCAACUGGCGACCGUGUUUCAAGACAUUUCGAGCGGCUCCCUCGAGACCGCAGCUGAGACACUUCUGUCUAUUUCAAACUGGUUGUUAUCGCAAGUUGCAGAACUGGGUCUCACAACGGAUGACGCCAACUUACAUUCCGACCGCAUCAAGCUAUGGGACGACUUCAACCACGCCUGGCUGGCACUGGGGCAGAAACAAUUUGACCUCAUGCAGGACACCCAGCAAAUGUCGCGUCCGGCACGCCUGCUGUCGUACGAUAGCAUCGAGAACAUAGGCGACGAAAUUGUGCGCCUUUGCAAUGACCUGGAGCGUCACGGUUUGGUAGACUACCAGUACGGUGUGUGGGAAGAACAGAUCACGGAGAUCAUGAUGGCCUGCCUAGACCUUUACGACAACCGAACACAAGAUUCCGGCGCAUGA